AUGGCUUUUAAAUUACCAAAAUUGAAUGUGUCAGGUAAACAGAAGUGCGAGACAUUUUUCAAGAAAUUCAAAUGGGCCGAUUUGAGUGUCGUAGAAGAGAUCGGGCAAGGAGCUUACGGGACUGUGUUUCGGGCAAAAUGUACGGGUAAUACUGUUUCAUAUGACAACCCCGUCGUCGUUAAAAAGGUUCACGGCGACACAGUCAAUGUUGAACGCAACUUUUUAAAAGAGUGUCACCUGCUUAAUGAUAUGAGCCACCGAAAUGUAACUUCGUUUAUCGCAAUGUGUGAGAUGCCUUUCGCGAUUAUGAGCGAAUAUGAAUGCUUUGACUUUGCGCCGUUUGGCAUUGAUAAAUCGGUAAAUAAUCUUUCCCAGUGGUUGUGCGUGAUUGACUCUUUGGAUGACAUCAAUCCAUUAUUAAAUUUGUUUACUCUCGUUGGCAGUGAUGCCAUUAGUGGCCUCGCGUAUCUUCACGGUAAAGGCGUUGCCCACCGCGACAUUAAGCCAGCGAAUAUAUUGAUAUCCAACAAGAACUACAGUUCACUGGAACCAUCCAGUAAAAGAUUCAUGGAAGCAUACGAGUUCUCUCCAUUAUUAUGUAAGCUAACUGAUUUCGGGGAAAGUCGUUCAGACAUUGUCCAAACCAACACGGUGAUGAACGCCGGAGCGACAACUAAUGUACAGAGGGGGUCACUGCCAUUCAUGGCUCCCGAAAUUCUAGUGGAAGAGCUUCGUGGGACCAAUGCCUCACUGGAAGAUCUCAAGAAAAUGGAUAUAUGGGCAAUGGGGAUGACUUUGUACACUCUCAUUAAUCCCGACCAGCCCUAUCCAUUUAGCUUGGAAUCUAAAGAGGAAAAUAUGAGAGGUCAAGACCUGUACAAGAACCUUGUGGCUUCAAAGCUGAGGGUCGGGCACCGGCCUCGUCCUUCACCAAAAUUCGAAUUCUUGCAGAGGACCAAGUUGGCAAAUUUGUAUCGGAUAUACAAACAGUUCACCUUGCAAGACCCAUAUGCAAGGCCCUCCGCUGAAACAUUGAAGCAAGCUUUUUUCAUUGUUGACGACGUGGAGUUUAUGUCUCUCGGAGUAAGCCAAGCUACCCCACAAGAGAACCAUGAUCGCAUCAUAGCAUCAGCACUGACCCGUGGAGAAAAUGUGGCACUUGGCACAACCCUGGCAAACGACGGUACAAAUGCCUGUACCUUCUUAGCUUUGGGGAUUGCUUCCGACGUACAGAAGAAAGGGCCCGAAUUUGUAUGGCAGGACGUACCUUUAUUAGCUGUGAAGUACAUCAAUAUUACUUUGGAAGUGAUCAAUGACAUCCGAGAACACGACCGUACGUAUGACACUUUGGAAGCAAUGUCCAACAUUUCAACUCCGGAAAUAUUGACUGUUGAUGGCGUCAGGGAGGCUGCCAGGGUUAAAACUGGAAUCUUGCCAACUCGCCGUCAAUCAGAGACCUUCAUCCAGAGAAAAAGAAAGAAACUGAGGGCUGAAACAGGGAUGACGGAAAAUGGGAUCAACAGACCACUAAGAGCUAUUGCUGAAUCCUAUGAUAGUGAUAGUGAUGAGGAAACAGACUAUUCUUUUGGAUUAGUUCCAGCUGUUGCAGACAUCAGGCCAAACGACAUGUUCUAUACCGGUCUUACUUCUGUUAUAGUUGACCCUGCACCAGGUCUGGUCUAG